CUCCAGGAGAAACUCGUCCAACGACGAGUUUCAUCACGUCCACCUCCACACUCGAAGGAUCUUUGUCCAUCAUCUCUCUCCUUCGACGAUCGAGAGAUCCGAAAGUAUAUUUCACGGCAGCUGGGCGUUCGGCGCAAGACUCUAAUAUCCGCAUCAACUACCGGUUCUUCUGCUGGUGCGUCUAGUAGUAGUCGUAGACUUCACUCCUACCUAGACAACGUGGACGCCGUCGAAGAUGUCGUCAAAACACGUGACAAUUUCCUCUCUUCUUCGAUGAUGCAGGAACGGCGAUUGAGAGCCCGUGAUGAAGGCUUGUUAGAUCAGAGACGAGGAAGUGGCAGUUUGGGAGUAGUUGGUGUCAAUCUUCAUGUGCAAUCUCCUGCUUCUUGUUCAUCUAGUAGCUCCGAUGAGGACGAAGAGUGGCAGGAAUUUGACGUGGGAGCAAGGAAGAGGACGAGAGGGACAAAGAGAGCCAGGAAACACGCGAAGCAUGUUGCAGCUUCUGGUGGAGUUAUGGGUGUAGGGAUUUCAUCAUCUCCAAAUGAGUCAUCUGAGAGAGAGAAAAAGACAAGAGGAAAAAGGGACCCAGAUGAUGAUUGCUGGGAUGAAUUCCCGAUACCUCUAAUGGCGGAGGUGGUGGACUACUAGUUCCGACAGGAACUGCCACAGCGUCUUCAUCUUUGUUAGGAGGGCCGUUAUUUCGUGAAGAAAAUGGAACUCAGCGAACUCUUCAUCAGCGACACGACGACCUGACUCAAGCCGAGAGGGACCAGAUCGAUAGGGAAAUUUUAGCAGCUUGUUCGAGGAAAGACUAUGUUGUUCUUGCAAAAAGAACUACCCGUCCGACACCAGUUGGUCAGCCAAGAAGCAAGAAUGAGAUCAGUGACAGGACUGUAACUGACUCUUCAGCUGCAGCACUAGCACAACUGCUUCAUUUCUGUAAGCAUCAGACGAACCAGCAGGAACGAACCAGCAGGAACAAUCAUAUGCUAAGAGAACAAGAAGCAGAUGCUGGCAUUGAGGUUGUUGACGAAGACUUAAUCAUGAAAGACGAAAAACAUCUGGGUUCAACGCACCACGCUCACCCAGAAGUUUCUUCUCACCCAAAAAUGUCUACUAUGAUGUCUUCUCCGCCACUCUCUUCUGCUGAUCACCAACAGAUGCUGAAUCCAAGCGAAAACGAUGGAGCUCGAUUCGCAGCACGAGGACUGAUUUGGGGAAGAUCCUCAUCUAAAAAUGCACAACAACCUCACCUAAAAAAUGGUCCUGCUUCGCUGAUACGAGCUGAGAGGAAGCGUGCUGGGAAUGUGAAAAAUCGCAAGAAAUUCUUUCGCUCUUUCCACUUCGAACAGAGUUUGGGAGCAGAAGUCCCGCCCUGGUGGAAAGAGAACUUCUAUCCACAGCGUCAGUUUGGUCAUGGCAGAGGAGGAGGAGACCUCUCGUUAACGUCGAGUUGUACUACAAAUGGAAGAAGUUGCGCGUCCACUGCUCUACCUACUAGUGCACCGGCGGAAGUGGUAGCUGCAGGUGCAGCUGUAGCCAGAAACAAGAACCGUCGGACGCGUGCUUACUAUUGGCGGCGGUUUCUGAGUUUCCGGUUUGGUGGAGCGGGUUUUCGUCGUGGGGCUAGACGCUAUCGAAUACCUCUUAAGGGUAGGUUAAAGGUGCUUUUGUUACCGUUUGUUAUGGCUCUCCCACCUAAGGGAGUGGGGACAACCAUAACAAGCGGGAGAACCCACGAACACCAAAAGCCUACAUCUAAACCUCGUUUCUUACCGAAAAAUCACCGUGGAGAAUGGCGUGGCAUCGCUCAUGGGCAUUCAUGCUUUGAUCCCCACUCCUUUACAAAUGACAACCUCCAAGUCCUGCGAGCUUUAGUGGAUGCCAGGCAGUUUUGCUUGAAUUAUGAAUUAUCUUCACACAGAACAAUAUAAAAACAUUGACAAUUUGGUUUGAUGUACUUAAUUUCAUAAAGCAUAUCCUUAUCCUUAUCCUCUGCCUCACUACUCUAAUCACCAGGAGAGGGCGACGAAGAAGGAGAAAACGAGCCAACUCUAGCUACCUGGAGCAAACCCUGCUCCGACGCGCUGAGUCUUUGUCCUACAUGGAAGAUGAAGAACAGCGAUAGUUCCUUUUCCUCCCAGACGGUGGGUCACAAGAGCAAUGGUCCUCACUACAACACCAAAAGAAGAACCAUGAGCAACUUCAUGCCGAUCCGUCGAUUCAACGUAGGAAAGAUAGAACAACAACAAGGAGAUUUGGAUGAUAUUCUAAAUUGCGAAGAAGGCCAAACCUUAACCUCCCAAGUUGUAAAUAAAAUUUCUGAAGAUAUCCUCAGAGCUGAAGAUGAAGAAGAAGAUCUAAAGCAGUGGAUGAAAGCCGAGAUGGCUCUUUUGAUGAGAGCGCAUCCAGAAAUAACACAGUUGGACGUGAUCAACUACUUUGAAGAGGUUUUUUCCUCUUGCUUGAGGUCGAACUUGGGGACAACAUCUUCAAGAACACCAUCUUCAAUAGAUAGGGAGGACGAUAAAAGAGAUAAAGGAGCAGCAGCUUCUUCGUCUUCUGCUUCUGCCGCAGAUCAGCCAGACACCAGUAAUAGAAGGCGUAGCAACAUCAAGAAAUCUAACAAGAAAAAAGACAGCACCCAUGAUCUUUCCCUCUACCAUCUUCAACUCAUCCAAGAACUUUGGCGACGCUUGGUUUUGAGAGACGCUUUGCAGGUGAUGUGUCCGAAACGGUAUGCUAGAAGGCUGAAGAAACGACAGACCUAUCGCAGACGCCAUAAACCUCCUGCUAGAGCACUGCAGCAUAAGAUAUUGAACAUGGCGAAACAAGUUAACAAGGAAUGGGAAGCGAAGCAGCAGGCUAUGGAAGCGCGCCAAAGGGAGGCGUUGCUAGAGCGGCAAAACGCAGCUGCUGGAACGCGACAGGCUUCAUCUUCUGGUGCAAGAGCUAGAAAGACGCAUCAGGAGGAACUUUCCUACCUGUAUCCGGUCUCAGAGGGGGACGAAGACUCAGAUGUUUGUGUGACAGACUAGGUAGAAGAUGCACUGUUCCGCGUUGUGGAUUUAUUUCAAUACAAUCUAUUUCAUACACCAUUAUUGAAAAAAUCUUCAAAAAUGAUAUUUUGAUGCUGAAUGAGACAAGAAUAAUGUUGCGCGAGGCAGUGCACGAAUGUGCAAGUAUAGUUCUUCUGGGUUAACAUCCUUUUGUACAAAACCUAUCCUUUCGGAACGGAAGUAUCCGUUGUUGUAUGUAAGAGGAGGGCUACGCAUGAUAGAAAGAAGUUGAAAUAAGAAGAGAGAACGUCAAGCGAUGAGAAUCAGAUGCGCAAAUCGUAGAGGUCCCGUCCCCCUACACUAU